ACAGCCUUAAUUUUUCUAUUUUAAUAAAAAUAGCAACUUUACGUUCAUUUGAAGCAACAUAUAUAAAGAUCAAAUUCAUUCCUUUUAUCAACCCAAUUCAUAAUUAUCCAUUCAUUCACAUUUCCUGACUAAUUUUAUAGCUAAAAAAAGCAUGAAUAGCAAAGCUAACAACAGCAAUAGCAACAACAACAAUUCUUCUUCCUCACCCGCUUCCUCUUCUGCUUCUUCUUCUUCUUCAUCAAGUAAUAACUCAGGAACAAUGACACGUAUGCAUCCUUCUAUUAAACGACCCAGAGCACCUAUUGCUUGUUACCGCUGCCAUCAUAAAAAGGUUCGUUGCGAUGGCAUUCAUCCUAAUUGCACUCGUUGCCUCUCAACAGGCGUCUUGUGUGCAUAUCCAAGUUCUCGUCGAUCUCGUAAUACGCAACCGACGAAUGUAGACCCCUUUAUUGAUAAUCUCUCCCAGCUCGAAGCAAGGAUCAGAAGAAUCGAAACUGAUCUGGAAGCCCAACGUGCACUUGUACGUAGUGUAUGUGCAGCAGAGGGUAAAAGCCCUCUCUUACAGGAGCGUGAGCGUGGUGAUGGCACCAAGAACAGGCACAUGGCAGGCGCUACACUAUCAUCUCAUAGUACCGCAGCUACUUUGACUUCUCGUAUGUUCAAAACGGAGAAAGAUCUUCAAGAGUCUCGCUCCAUUGUGGCUCAAUUAAGAUUGAAAGGAGAACAGAGAGCAGCACGUGGUAGAAGGGCAGCAGCAGCAGCAGCAGCGGCGGCAGCAGCGGCAGCGGCAGCAGCGAGUUCCCUCCCCACGGCUGGCAACAGUGGUAACAAUAAGUCGAACAAAUCCAAAGUGGUCGCUUCUUUAUCAUCUUCCUCGUCGUCAUCUUCGACGUCUUCAUCAUCUUCGUCAGAUAAGGAAAGAGCCGUUCAAAAUACCGCGAUUCGACAGCAAUAUAAAGCGAAAUUAAGAAUGAACAAUCAUCUGAACAACAAAAGAAAGACCAGGAAUGCAGCAUCGCCGAUAGCAACAGCAGCAGCGUCCUCAGCCGGAAAGGUGCCCUUUGCGUCGUCUGCUGUUGGUUAUCACGAGAAUGAUAUAGCCACUUUGAAUCAACAUCCUUUUAUGGGCUCUUCUGGUACCAACGGCGCGCCAAUAGCUACAGCCCCUUAUUCUCCUUUUUAUUACCAUCAUGCAGCUGAUACUACGACGACUACUGCCUCAGUCGAUGCCAUCAUGUCGCCUUCACCUGCCAAAGCGAAUGAUUUCAACGCUCAUCACCACUCGUAUUACUUUUCCUGUCCGUCGUCGUCAGCAGCAGCAGCAGCAGCAGCAGCCAAUAAUAAUUCGUUAAUGAUGGACCAUCAUCAUACGAUGCAAGGAUAUAAUUACCAACUUGGCCCUAUGGAUAAUGCGACUACAAAUCAUUCCAUUUUGUACCCAACGCCUUCUAACCAUCCUUCUUCAUCGACUACGGAAGCCAUGGCCAUGGCAGUCGCUGCUGCUGCCGCAGCAGGCAUGGUAGCAUCAGACAGCUCGCCUUUUAAUCACUCUACUCCAUCGCUCAUGGUGCAACAUCAGCAACAACAGCAACAACAGCAACAACAGCAACAACAACAACAACAACAACAACAACAAGAAUGGUCUUAUUUCAACCAUCAUCCACCUUUUAUGGCUACUUCCCCUCAACCUUCUCACCUCCACCAUCCGACACAGACUGACAUCCAUGAGUUACAACAAUGUCACCAAGAAAAUGGAUUUAUCGAUCCAAUGGUGAUUGCAGCAGCAGAACAAAGUAUGGAUAUGGUGAUGGCGUCUACUACGACCGCUCAUACGAAUCCACAGCAGCAAAAAGCACCCUUUUUAUUUGUUACAGAUUACAAUAACACGAAUGAUCUAUUCCAUCAACAAUACACUUCGACUUCUUCCACACCCUCUUCUUCUACAACAACAACGAGUACCAAUCAGUCAACACCACUUCAUCAGUGCACUUCAUUUGAUUUUGUUACGUCCUCUCUAAGAAAUGACAACACGCUUCUUCCACAUCCUUCACCAUUACUCUCUGCUCCUGAUACUCACAGUAACAAUGUGACAGCUGAUAAUGACUUGAUCAUGACGGAAGCAAAUGCCACUGGUGCUAUCAAUACUAUUACUUCUGCUGCUGCUGGUCAUCAACAUCAACAUCAACAAAGUGUGUUGACAACGUCAACUUGAAAAAAAAAAAGCCCCUGUGUCCCCUAUCUCUCUCUUUUUCAUUAUUAUGUAUGUGUAUAGAAGCUAAAAUCCCCCCUUUUUAUUACUCAC